AUGCAGAGCGAACAGUUUGGAUUGCAAAUAGCAUCCCUGACAAAGGAAAAUCAGAUGCUGAAAGACAGUAAUAUCCUCAAUGCUUGCAAGAUCACUGGCAUGAAAGAAUCAAUCAGGGCGCUCGAUGACAAGGUGAUGGACAACAAAACACAAAACCUAAAGCUCCGAGAUGAACUGAAAAUGUACAAGCAGCAUUGUUGCACACAGGAUAUUAAUGAGAAGGCAUUAAAAAAAAGAAAUGCUGAUAACGAUGAUGAAAUUUUGUUGCUCAAACGGGAGAUACAAAAACUAGAGGCAAGAUUGAAGGACAAUGAAAGGGCAACUGCAGAGGCCGCAAAGAGCAAGGAAAAGACAACACGUUAUCAAAACAAACUGUCCGAGGCUCGAACAGAAAUCAGUCUCGACAAGAAAGAAAACGAUAACCUACACUGCACCGUCAUGAGACAGGCUGCAGAGAUUAAGUCAAAGACCACAGAGCUCGAGAAAGCUACAUUUCAAUAUGAAUCAGAGAAGUGCAAGCUGGCCUCCUGUCAGAAUCGUCUUGAUAAACUGAGGAAAGAAAUGGAGGACUUUCGGGACAUUACUGACAAGGAUAAUCAGAAGACCAGCUGUGAUCUGAAAAAAUUGGAGUCACAAAUUGAAAAGUUACAGUUCGAAGCAUCUCAAUACGAGGAAUGGGACAUUAGACAAAAACAACAGAUCAGUGAGCUCCAAAGUGUCCUACUUGAGAAGGAAGCGGAGAUAACAAAAGAGAGACGAGAGAAUAUGCUUCUCAAAGGUAGAUGUGCAGGGGCUGAGAGUGACACCGAAGACCUGCCAAAACGUCCUUUUUGCUCAGCUGUGAGCUCAAGAAGGGAGGGCAGUUCUUCCCGUUGCCAAAUUGAGUAUCCAAAGCCUCGACAGAAGCCUCAACAGAAGCCUCAACAGAAGCCUCAACAGAAGGAUCAACAGGACAACCAAGACAAAAUGAUGAAGGGGCAGAACGGCAUGCUGGAGCAGAUGAAAGAUCAGGAUGUGCACAAACAGUGCAGGCAAAAGAUCAAGGAACUCAAGUUAAGUGAAAACGUGUAUUCUUGUAUUGAGAGAGGGUUAACAGAAAAGCUAAAUGAAAAAACAAAGGAAAUCCGCUGCCUAAGAAUACAGCUGAAGGAGCUCCAAAGGAAGAAGCAACCAAUCAGGCCAAAAAACCCUGACCAGGACGAAGCACAGAGUUCAAGCGAUCCACUAAUCUUAACUGGGACUCCUUUGAAACCAAACAAAUUGAACAGAUUCCAGCCCCGGCCCCCAAUCAUGACAAAAGCCGAAACCCCUGACCAGGACGAAGCACAGAGUUCAAGCGAUCCACUAAUCUUAACUGGGACUCCUUUGAAACCAAACGAAUUGAACAGAUUCCAGCCCCUGCCCUCAAUCAUGACAAAAGCCAAAACCCCUGACCAGGACAAAGCACAGAGUUCAAGCGAUCCACUAAUCUUAACUGGGACUCCUUUGAAACCAAACGAAUUGAACAGAUUCCAGCCCCUGCCCUCAAUCAUGACAAAAGCCGAAACCCCUGACCAGGACAAAGCACAGAGUUCAAGCGAUCCACUAAUCAUAAUUAGGAUUCCUUUCAAACCAAAGUAA